AUGUCUUUGUACGACGAUCUUGACACUAUAAAAGCGCGAACCACUGAAAAAGUAGCGGGCUGGUCAUCAGGAAUUAAGCUGUUACAGUCACAGCUGCAAUUAAAGAAAGCCGCGGUUACUCAACCUAAACGAGAAGCGCUAAGAAGAUCCAAUCAGGUCCUAACGCCUGUAAUAGAUUUAAAAAGUAAACAAAAAGAUGAAGAUGAAGUUAAUUCAAAUAGUCCAAAGUCACAAUCUAAAUCCUUCAAUGUUUCCCUGAAUGUACGAGAUUUCGACUGGAAUGUUUCUAAUGAAUAUGAUCCUCUGUGGCCUAACGAUUAUGAAAAAGUUGCAAAAGAAAUGCAAGCUAAGAGACUACAACUGGACGGAGGUGGUGAACGGGAUAGAUCAGAAAGAAAACGCAAAUCUCGUUUUGGUGAUGAUGAUGCACUACCUGAGAAAACUUUAAUACCUAUGCAACCCGAGGAAGAAGAAGCAGAAGAAAUUUCUAAAAGAGCAGCAGGAGCAGCAAUCGCUCCGCCUCCAUCUUUAACAACAGAGACACCAUCGCCUCCACCUCCGAGUGCACCUCUAACACCAACACCUUCAUUUUCUCUUGGUGGAUACGGAGCCAGCUCUGUUGCUGCUAAAAUCAUGGCAAAAUAUGGAUUUAAGGAAGGCCAAGGUCUUGGAAAAAAAGAACAAGGAAUGUCUGUGGCUCUGCAGGUUGAAAAAACUUCAAAAAGAGGAGGACGCAUUAUCCAUGAAAAGGAUAGCAAUGUGAUGCCUCCCCCAAGCUUUGCUAUGCCAGCUCUGCCUGCACCUGAUUCUCCAAACUCAUUGCAGUCAGGAAAGCAGGAGCCCUCUAUUACAGAGAUAAUGAAAUCACCUAGUAAAGUGGUUUUAUUGAGGAAUAUGGUGGGGCCAGGUGACGUUGAUGAAGAACUAGAACCGGAAGUAAAGGAUGAAUGUAAUACUAAGUAUGGAGAAGUGGUGAAAGUUGUCAUUUUCGAGAUGCCUAACGCUCCUUCUGAUGAAGCUGUCAGAAUAUUUGUUGAGUUUAAACGGAUAGAAAGUGCAAUUAAAGCUGUAGUGGAUUUAAAUGGAAGAUUUUUUGGAGGAAGACAAGUAAAAGCAGGAUUUUAUACAAUAGAAAAAUUUUACGCGUUACAAUUAACUGAAUAA